AUGCUGUGCUUUCUGUUUUUUCCUUCUGUCGUUAUUUUAUAUAUUUCUCUGUUCAUUAUUUCUCCUCACCUACGCCAUUUUCUACUUCCUUCCUCUAUCAUUAGCUUCUACAUCCAUUUCCUAUUAUUUUCAUCUCUCAUUCCUUCAUUCAUUUACUCAUUCCUUUCUUUUUUUUCUUUCUUUAACUCUUUUUUCAUUCAUUUAUUUAUUCUCAUUUUUCUUUCUGUUUUCUUACCUUUUUAUUUCAUUACUUUUUCUUUUUUCCUUUUCCUGUUUUUUCCUUCACAUUUGAGAUUCUCUGAUUUCUUUGUUCUUUCUAUCUUUUCGUCUUUACUUCUUUCUGCUUUCUUUCUUUGUUUUUUUUUAAAUCUUCGUUUCUUUCUUUAUUGCACUUUCUAUCUCUUCUUUGAUCUACAUGCUUUCUUUUCAUUUUUUUUAUUUCUCUUUAUUUUGUUAUAUUUUUUUCUUUUUUCUGUUUCAUUUUUUAUUUUCUCACUUUUCUUUCUCUUUUUGCUAUCAUCAUUUAUGCCCUCCCUCUUUCUCUUCUUUAUAUUUUCGCUCAAUAUAUAUAGUUUUGUAAAUCAUUUGUUUACGCCUUUUGUCCUCACUCGUUUCAUUCUUUAUUUCUUUUUUUAUCUUACAUAUUAG